AUGGGUGAUGUAGGAAGAAAUAGUGAAAACCACAGGGAGACUUUGAAUCUAUACGACGAACUACAGUCCCUUUACUCAAACGUAGAAGUGUGCAUACCAAGACAACACAACUCAACCAUCAUCAACUCUACAGACGCAGAAUCCGCCAUCUUGGAUUACCUGUCAACUGUCAAAAAUCUUUUGAAACUGACAGAUGGCGUAACCGUUUCAGCGAAAGUCGCGGCAGAUGCCGAGUUGGAAAACGGAGGGCUAUGUUUUAAGGGAGAACAUGAUUUUGAGGAUAUGAUGAAGGGGAAGAAUGAGGAGGUUUUGAGGUGGAUUUGGUCUUUGUGGAGGGAGAAGGUGGGAGGGUCGAUGAAGGAGCCUUAUAAGAGAUUGGUGGAGUUGGAGAACAGAGCUGCUUGGAGAAGUGGAUACACCGACAUAGGAGCAUCAUGGCGAGACGAGCUUGAAAUGCCGAACUUACGAAAGCUCAGCAGAAGCCUCUACAACGAAAUACGACCUUUCUACACCCUCCUUCAUGGGGUGGUCAGGUUCUACUUACGAAGGCAGUAUGGUGACGUUGUACCGAGGGCUGGACCGAUACCAGCUCAUUUGUUAGGUAACCUUUGGUCCCAAAACUGGGAAACUAAGUUAGAAUUAAUAACUUCGAAGAAGUUGAAUCUAGAUGACAGCAUAAAGAAACUUAACUGGACUGUUGAGCACAUGGUAAAAAGAGUUGAAGAUUUCUAUCAGUCGAUGGGGUUGCCAGCAAUGACUGAGACUUUCUGGCGGGAAUCUGUUUUCUCGAAGGAAAAUGGCAACACUCGAUGUCACGGCACUGCAGCGGACAUGUUCAAGCCAGGCGAUUUCAGAAUGAUGUACUGCACGGGCACAACUUUUGAAGACUUUUACGUACUUCACCAUGAAUUUGGGCAUAUCCAAUAUUACAUGGCUUAUGAGAAUCAACCUGGAAUAUUUAAACAAGCAAACACAGCACUCCACGAAAGUAUAGGAGACGCAAUCAUGUAUGGAGUGAUAACUCCUCAACAUUUGAACCGGCUAGGACUCGUAAACGACUCAAUUUUAUACGAAAACAGUUCAAAAUCCUUCUCAAAGCGAGCGGAUUCUGAAACAAAACACCAUCUGGGAAUUAAUUUAGAAGAUGGCCGGUUAGCAAAAACAAAUGACAAUCUAGAAAACGCUCCAUGGAGUUUGUCAAACAAUUUGAAUUUGGAAAGCGAUAUGCAUGACAUGAGAGAAGAUUCGAAAACAAAAGUGAAUAGACUGCCAUAUUUAAAUGAAUUCGAAACAAAUGAAGACAAUUUAAUUGAAGGCAAAAGCAAAGUAUCGUUUGUCAAAACAAAAGAAAGUGACAUGAAAGAGGAUACUAUUUUUGAUGCUACGAAUAAUUUCGAAAAUGAUUUGACUACUGAUGAAAUGCUUUUGCUAAGACAGGCUCUGAAUAAAAUACCUCAAAUACCUUUUGCUUUGGUCAUUGAUGAGUACAGAUGGAAGUAUUUCGAAGGCAGUAUAGAUAAAGAUAAGUUUAAUAAAGAAUUCUGGGAUUUGACUUUAGAAUUGCAAGGUAUUGCUCCUCCUGAAGAAAGGGGUGAAGAGUAUUUCGAUGUAGCAGCCAAAUUCCAUGUGCCCGAUCAUACUCCUUAUAUACGAUACUUCCUGAGCAGUUUCAUCCAGCACCAGAUCUUCGAGGCGCUCUGCAGGGCAGCUGUCUUCGGCAGGCGAGACGUCACUGCCGAUAUACCGGGCAGCAUCAGCUUGAAUAGAUGUGACAUUUACGGGUCUAAGGCUGCGGGGAAACUGCUGAAAGAUUUGAUGUCCAGAGGCCACUCUCAACACUGGCAAGAAAUCCUCCAGGAAACAACUGGCAACACAGAUAUAACAGCUGAUUCUCUAAAGCGAUACUACCGCCCUCUCUAUGACGUUUUGAGGCGUAUAGUUCAGAAGCACCAAAUACCUUUGGGGUGGUAAAAUGUUUGUAAAAUUUAACGGCCUAGUCAAAAUGUUCCUAUAAUUUUAUAUGAUUAAAUCACUG